AGAGGACGGGCUUUAGCGAAACGUCAGAGGCAUUAAUCUAUUUAAAGCGCGUGGCACAUCCUGACGCGUAAAGGCGCAUCUGCGGUGAGAGAGGACGAAGCCGCGCGGUCUGAUUAACGCGGGAAUAUCGGAGUGGAAUGCGCGCGGCUGUGCUUCACGAGGAAUUUACUGCGGGUUGGCGAUCCUGAGCGCGAGAUGCGUGUUUCGCGGCAAGAAGAUGAUGAUGAUGAAGUAAACAGCGGACGCCAGAUCUGAUCGCCGCGCAGCCCUGAUGUCUUCAUUCCGGCUUUGGCACUCGGUGAUGGUGGAUUUCUCUCAGAUUACCGGCACGGAGGAGCUCAGCAGCAUCCGCGUCUCCGUGCGCACAGACAAGACUUCUCUAUAGAGACAGAAACACACACAUAGACACACACACACACACAGAGAGAGAGAGACGACGCGCACUUCUCUUGGAUACUGUGGACUAAUGGAUGAGGAACUGCAAUGUUUUGGGGGGAACCCCUCAGGGAUACACUCACUCUGAAGCUCUUUUGGAUCCUUCAAUGCUGGAACUGCGUUUAGAUGUGAAACCGCAGGUCUGCAUGGGCCCCAAUUUAAGCUCCUUCCAUUGGAACUAAGUCUAAAAUGAAGUUAUGGGAUGUUCUAGCUACGUGUUUGUUGCUCCUGAGCUCCGUAUCCGCUCGCCCUCUCCUCAACAAGCUGCAGCCUUCCAAGAGAGCUCUUCAAUCCGAGGGUCACCGUGAGCUUCUCGUCUUGGACCCAGUCAUAAACUCCCGUUUCGAAACAACCAGCCUGAAUCAAGCCUCCAUGGAAGAACAAUAUGACAACAAUGGACCGCAUCCAGACCAGUUUGAUGAUGUAAUGGACUUCAUCGCAGCGACCAUUGGCAGACUGCGAAGGUCUCCUGAAAUGGACUCUGAGGGCAGGGGGAAAGAAAAAGGAAGGCAGAGAGGAGCAGCAAACACCGAGAGAGGAGCAAAGGCACGGGGAGAUAAGAAGCGAGGUCGAGGACGAAGUGGCGGCAGAGGAGGUAAAGGGAAUCGGGACGAACUGAUCAAAGGUCAAGGGCGUGGAUGCCUACUUAAAGAGAUCCACCUCAACGUGACGGACCUGGGGUUAGGUUACCGGACCAAAGAGGAGUUGAUAUUUAGGUACUGCAGCGGUCCCUGUCAUGAUUCAGAGACGAACUACGACAAGAUCCUCAACAACCUCACCCAAAAUAAGAAGCUGGACAAAGAGUCACCGUCUCAGACCUGCUGUCGACCCAUAGCGUUCGACGACGACCUCUCAUUCUUGGAUGACAGUUUGGAGUACCACACUCUCAAGAAGCAUUCCGCCAAGAAGUGCGCCUGCGUCUGAUUUGUGUGCUCGGGCAAGCGAAAAGACACUUGGACAAAAUACAGAAGUCUCGCACUCCAGAGGGCUCGAAGCCAGUGCUGAGACAAAUGCUGCUUCUCGGAGGAAAAGUGCAGGUCUCGAGUGUGUCAUUGUUUAUUCUGCACAGACGUGCAUGUUAGAAUCGCAGGAGUGUGAUUUAAUGUCCAAAAAAAAGAAGAAAAAAAAAACACGUCAGGAAAAAAUACUUCUUCGACCAGAGCAAUGCCUCAGUAUUCACUGUUACAAAACCGUGUCAGAGUAUUCUAAGCAGGGAUUGAAAUGUAAAUGCUGUCUAAAUGGCAACAAUAACACAGUCCAUCAGCAAGUCGCAGAAAAAAACGCAACCCGACAACCUGGGUAUACACAAACUAUAACUUCAGCUGAGUGGGAAUGCAAGAGAUGGGCGCGAGAGAUGGGCGCGAGAGGUGUCUGCAUGAGGGAGACAGAAUUGUGGAUUUUUAUGUUGUUGUUUUUUUAUAUGAAGCCCUUCUGAAGAGAAAGCUCACAAUCCAGACUCAACCUGCAGCAGCCAGAAUGGACUCGUCACAAAAAUGUUUAAUAUUCAGAAAGUUAUCUAUAUA